GGCUUCUCAGCCCUCCAUGCUGCCUGCUCGCAGGGGCACGUCGAGGCUGUCCAACUGCUGCUGGGGAAGGGAGCGGAUCCGAACAUGACGGACUUCGAGAUGAACAGUCCUCUCUUCCUCUCCUCCUUCUCCGGCAGCUCCUCCUGCAUGCAAGCCCUCCUCCUCGCCGGCGCCUCCCCCGACGUGCCCAACAAGCUCGGCUACUCCCCGCUGCACGUGGCAGCUCAGACUGGCUUCCAGGAGGGGGUCGAGCUCCUGCUGCGCGCUGGGGGCGACCCCUUCCUCCGGAGCUACGACGGCACCACCGCCCUCGAGCUUGCUGAGCAAUCGAACCACUCGGAGAUAGUCAAGCUCCUCCGUCGGGCG